GUGGGCGGAGCUGAGCGCAAGCAUGUCGGCUGCUUUGCUGCGGCGGGGCUUGGAGCUGUUGGCGAAGUCAGAGGCCCCCCAGGCCGCGCCAAACCAGGCCAAGCCGAGCCGGGCUUCGGUGAAGCGGGCCCGGAAGGCAAAGGCGACCCAGACCCGAAAACUGCGGAACUCGGCCAAGGGAAAGGUGCCCAAGUCGGCGCUGGCUGAAUUCCAGAAGCGAGAAUGUCAGGACCACCUGAAAACAAACCUGAAGUUCAUGACGUGUGCCAGAAUCACCGUGGCUGAGGCUGUCACCCGGCAGAUUCUGCUCCAGAACCGAGGCCGCAAGGCCUGUGACCGGCCUGUGGCCAAGAUGAAGAAGAAUAAGAAGGCUGAGAGCACUGUGUUCACUGAGGAGGACUUCCAGAAGUUCCAGCAGGAGUACUUCGGCAGCUAGGUCCCCAGGAGAGCACAGCAGUUGGGGAGACACGGGUGGCCCAGCCUCCCCCAGGACCUAGCCAUGCGCGGCAUGGCCAGCAGAUGGCACUGCAGGGCCAGCCUGGCUUGGGGAAGACCCCGAGCGGAGCCAGGUGGAGACUGGGACGGAGCUGGUGAGCCGGAAAACACUGGAAAGGAUUUACACUCAGCCUGGAACUGACUGCUGCAGGCAUGGGAGGAGCCAUUGCACCUGCCAGAAGGGAACAUUUCUGACUGUUUUGUUUUUGCUCAGGGAGGGUUGUUUGCUGUGGAACUCGGCCAGUUCCUGGGCCCUCAGGCCACACCCCAGGAAUAGGAGGAGGGCUGCUGGGUGGUCUCCUGGAUGCUAAUAAAUGCAGACCCAGCAGCCGUGUGUGUGACUCUGGCCUGACUUGUGGGUGUCACCCAAGAGCCUUCCCUCCCUUCCCCCUUCUUCCCAGCAUGGAUCUUAGAGUUUUGGGUCACAAGUCCGCUGGGCCAGCUCCAGCUAGGCAGCUGUCUUACCCAGGAAAGCUGCCACCACGUUCUCAACCCUCCCACCCCAGGGUGCGUUGGGUCUGCUGUUGUCAUCAGCAGAGAAUUUCUGCCAGGCCUGCCGUCACCCAGGGCAUAAGAGUGACCAAGAGGGGUCAGGUGCAGUUCUAUUCUUACCUGUGCCACAUGAGGGAGGGGUCUCAGAGGUAGCCUUAAGAAACGAGAUUUCCUGCUCAGGUUUGUGCCUGGGCAGAAAGGUGGUGCUGGGAGCUGUGACUGCACCCCCGUGGGCAGACAGUGCACGGGUCAGGGGAGGUAAGGGACAGGUGUCUGUUGAACAUACGCAUUGUGAGUGAAGGAACGGUAAGGCCAGAGCUGGUGUUCAUUGUAGAAGACAGUAAGUCACGGAGGCCGAGAGCACCUCCGUGGAGGUGGUAUUUGGUGUGGCCCCAUGGAGAAGAAGACCCUGCAGUCCCAAGGCAGUGCCCCCAGCCUGAAGGGCUGCUUGGGUCACGGCAGUUCCCAGAGAGGAUGGAUGGGUCAAAUGGGGAGUGACUGCCAGCACCACGAUGGCGUCUCCUGAUGAGUGGUUGCCCCACUGCAGAGGUUGGGAGCGGCCUGUACUUAUCUGAAGAGGAGGGAGUUUUUCACCCCCACCCACUUCCCAAGGUUGGAGGUGUCCACACCCAACCAAUCUAGCUGUCACUC